GUUUUGAAAGGGAUUGAAUGUCUAAUGUCUCUUUCUUUUGCUCUUUCAGAUUCUUCUUGAAAUUCUUCCUCAAGUGCAAUCAGAACUGCUUGAAGAAUGCAGGAAACCCACGAGACAUGCGCAGAUUCCAGGUUGUUGUAUCAACAACGGUCAACGUGGACGGUCACGUCCUGGCGGUCUCAGAUAACAUGUUUGUCCAUAACAACUCCAAGCACGGCAGAAGGGCUCGACGUCUAGACCCUUCUGAAGCAGCUACCCCCUGCAUCAAAGCCAUCAGCCCUAGUGAAGGAUGGACCACGGGAGGAGCCACAGUCAUCAUCAUAGGAGAUAACUUCUUUGACGGUCUCCAAGUCGUGUUCGGGACGAUGCUUGUGUGGAGUGAGCUGAUUACACCCCACGCCAUCAGAGUGCAGACCCCACCCAGGCACAUCCCAGGAGUCGUGGAAGUCACCCUCUCCUACAAGUCCAAGCAGUUCUGCAAAGGAGCUCCUGGACGAUUUGUCUACACUGGUAAGACCACUACACCGGCAACUACUGUGUCUUGUUGCUCCUUCUAUGAACCCUCACCCCCUCUCU